UAAUAAGCUAACAUUAAGCCGACUGUAUGUUUAUUGAUACCAGCACUGAUCUCAAACUCAACGUUUACUCGCGGCUCAAUUUGCGCACUGCACCUUUAAAAACAAACCGUUCCCUGCGUUCAGUCCCGACGGUCGACCCGGUCGGCCACGUACGGCUCUGUGCUUCAACGGUACUCCCAAGGUCCGGUCGUUAACGGUAGACGACUUCUACCGGUCACCCGUCGCGACUUUAACGACAUAUUAGCGAGUUGGGACUACUUUGAAGUACUUUUUUUUUUUUUCUCGACAGAGAUGCGGAGGACAUAGUUUUUGAAUGAGGGUUCCCCGCUGGGACUGUAAAGCGGGAGGAGGGGGCAGUCCGCGGGGUCGUGCAGGCUAUCUGAUCUGGGAUCUGCUCACUUUUAUAACCAGACAGACGGCGGCUUGUUCGAGGCAGAGCUGAGCUCGGACGGUUUCUCCGAGGAGGACGCGGAGUCUUCGACUUUUCGUAUUCUUUACGCAGGACACCAAUAAGAAGGGGGGAAGUUUGGAAGAAGAGAAAAGUUUCACCCUCGUCUCCUGCCAAGACCACGAGCGGCUGGAGUUGUAAGCUAAUAAUUCACUCUGGAUAUAUCACUCUUUUAGACUUUAACCGUGAAUAUAUAACUACUUGUUACUUUACUUCAUUGAAGCAGACACACCAAGUAUCAGCAACAUGGAUAAAUACGAGGAUUUAGGACUCGAGGCGAGUAAGUUUAUCGAGGACCUGAACAUGUACGAAGCAUCCAGAGACGGCUUGUUUCGGAUGAGGAGGGAUGCGGGAAAUAACCCCGACUUUGAGGAGACGAGAAGAGUUUUUGCCACUAAAAUGAGUAAAAUACACAUGCAGAAACAGCAAGAGGAGAUGGCGAAAAACACCCAGGCCAUGAAAAUGAACGGGGCCCACAACAGCACGUACUACACCAAAGACAGACCACCCAUCAAUAGUUACAAGCAACCACCGUGCGAAGCGGCCGCGAAGCCCCCGAUGCUCUCUGGCCCCGUGCCGGCCACCACGGCUGGGACUCAGUACGCACCGUUUGACGGCCAGAAACACCACACGGGCGUUCAGUCUGAACCUCCAGCAGGCAGGGCGUAUGGCUACGGAAACAAUUACGAUAAUAAGGAGCCGCAUUCAUACCAGCACAACACCGCUACUACUCCCCCCAGCCCAGGAAACGCGUCUCUCAGCGCGCCCACACACGCUCGUUACCCGGUCAGCCAGCCGGCUGCCUGGGCCUCAUCCAGAGACAGCCAGCUAUCUACAUCUUCGUCUGGGUCUGGAGGCAGCAGCAGCUCGUCUAACCCUAACCCUCAGCGUCAGUCUGCACCUCCCACCGCCAACAGUCUUCCACCCCAGCAGAUUCAGGCUGUCACCCCGUCUCUAAACCUGAGUCCACCCAGGGGAUGGGCUGGAGAGGCCCCUGGCUCAGCUAAACCUGACUUCAUAACUGCCCUGCCUCUGAGUGCCUUCACAGCAGGAGCUGACCAUUACGCACCAUCUUCUCCAACCUCGAGGCCCUCCACCAGCCACAAUGGUGCUCUGGCGGCGUCCUUGCUCCUACCUGAACCUUUUGAAACACCUCUACCCAAAGCCCAGUUGGCAUCUGCUGCCUUGAUUCCUGGCAAUGUGUCCAAGAGCAGCAGCCAGGGUCAAGGCCGGGGCCAGAUACCGGUCUGUGGACACGCCGUUGGUGCUGAAGCUGAAAUGCUUUGCCCCUCCAAGCCUGUUCCACUACCCUGUCAGCCUCUCCUCGCACAGACCCCCGAACAGGGGCCUUCAGCAGCUGAAAUAAAGUUAGAAGCGCUCACCAAUCGACUGGAAAAGGAGAUGGAUGCCCAACCAAAGGCUGACUACUUUGGCGUCUGUGUUAAGUGCAACAAGGCGGUGUAUGGAGCCAGCCAGGCCUGCCAAGCUAUGGGAAGCCUCUACCAUGACAGCUGCUUCACCUGCAGCGCCUGCAGUCGGAGGCUGAGAGGGAAGGCGUUCUACUAUGUCGGAGGGAGGGUUUUCUGUGAAGAGGACUUUCUGUACUCUGGUUUCCAGCAGUCUGCAGACAAGUGCAACGCGUGUGGACAUCUGAUCAUGGACAUGAUCCUGCAGGCCCUCGGGAAGUCAUACCACCCUGGCUGUUUCCGCUGUGUCAUCUGUAAUGAGAGCCUUGACGGAGUGCCCUUCACUGUGGACACCGAAAAUAAGAUCUACUGUCUCAAAGACUACCACAGGGUCCUGGCGCCUAAAUGUGCAUCCUGUAACCAGCCCAUCCUGCCCUCAGAGGGGUCUGAUGAAACCAUCCGAGUUGUAUCCAUGGACAAAGACUAUCAUGUGGAAUGCUAUCACUGUGAGGACUGUAAGAUGGAGCUGAACGACGAGGAGGGUCACCGCUGCUACCCUCUGAACGGCCACCUUCUCUGCCACUCCUGCCACCUGAAGCACAUGGAGCCUGGCUGCUCCUCUCCGGUUGCUGCAGCCACCUCCUACUGACACUGCAGCGGGUGGAGGGAGACACCUGGUGGAUGUGUGGAGGAACUGCCAAAGCGUGACUGACCGCAGGAAGUCGACGUGUGCAAUUCUUGUUGUAAAGGAUUGAUUAAUGCAAUGCAUCCGAUCAUACUCUGGUUUGAUGUGUAUUUUCACAGGAAUGUUAAUGAAGUUUCACCUAAUAAUGAAGGAUUGUAAUUCACCAAAGCCCUACUUUGAAUACAGGGAGGCGUGGCGUUAUACCCGCUGCAUAUGGACUUUGUGUGGCCAUAGUUUUUUUUUAUUUUUUUUUUUUUUAUGUAAAUAUCAAUUGCAUUGUCUGUGUAAAUAUCUGGAGGUCAACUUCAUAUUCAAUCCAAUUCAAACCAUAAGUGAUCUGCUUCUGCUGGCUUAUUAGCUAUGCUGUGGGAAAAUAAUGAUUCAAUCAUGAUAAAGUUCAUGCAAUAAUAACAGCUGGUGUGUAUUUAUACAAGAUGAAUAUACAAAAAAGUAACAGAUUGGCGUUGAGCAUCAUGAUGAAAAUGAUUAGUGUAACAACAACUACAACAAUUUUCCAAUUUUUAACCAGAGUUACAGAAAGUUACUCUUUUCUUCUCAAGGCUGCACAAACACUCUGUCAAAGGCUUCUAUUUGUUGACCUGCACACAUGAGCCGUCAUUGUGGCUGUGUGUCCUGUAUGAUCAUAUCAAAUGAUAACUCUUUAGCGUGACCAUUCCAUAGAAAUAUUAAACAAUGCCAUUAUCCCACAGGUUGCAAUGCCUCUGUGUGCUUAGGGCCGACCAUUUCACUGUCAUAUAAAACAUUCUUCUUUGUUAAGUCGAGCGAGAGUGCUUCAGAGAGCCAGGUUCAAAUGUUCUCAAUCAACAGCCAUUAUCUGUCAAACGCAGUCUGUUCUCAGCACUUAAAGAUCGGUUUGUGAGUUUUUGAUUCACCUCUGAAGAGGUUGGUUUUAGGCUUGAUCGAUGUAUUUUGUUACGUUUGCAAACCUAUAUUUAAAAAGAUAUUGUAGCGCUAUAUUCAUUUACUUUUGUUUCAUUUUGACUCGUGCAAAACCCCUUAAAAUACUAAUUUGAUUUGCAGUGGGAAUUACAGUUUUUGAUUGCCUACCUUUGCCAUCUAAAUUCUAUUCAUGUCUUCAGUUUACUAACUAAAACCUCGCCGGUCAUUUGAGUUCCUGUAGAUUAACAUAAGAGCAACAGAACAUAACAUACAGUAUAUGAGUGUUGUCAAGAAAAUAUUUAAUAAAUGCAUUGCAAUAGGAUAAACCUCAAUUUCAAUUUGUAUCUUUUUUUUUUUUUUUUUUUUACAUAAAAGGGUGCAUUGAAAAAAGGCAUGCUGACUGUGGUUCCUGCACUGCAGAUUGAGGGCAAAAACAAAGUUCUCAACCUGCAGAAUUUGCCUGAUAGCAAACAUAUGUUCAAGUAUGUACACAUAAACUGGGGAACAUGGACCACCCAUGUUGCUUGUUUGUUGCUUGCUUGUCUGCAGAUUUUCCUCUUUUCUUUCUUUUCUUCUUAAUUGUAAAUCUCAAAUAACAAUAUAGAUGAAGAGUAUGUGAUAUACGGCUCUGAAACUAGGCGACUUCAUCGAUAUCCAUUUGUUCAAAAAAUGAUGGACUCAUUCAGGAGUCGAACUUGCAAUCUUCCGAUCCACAGUCAGACGUGAUAUCCAUUGAGGCUUCUGGCACCAUUCUCGCAGUGUUUGGUAAUUGGAUAAAUCUUGGACAUUCUUGGUAGCGAUGGCAACACGAUUGGCUCUCACACAUGGGGCAUCGAUUGUCUUCUUGCCAGCAUUGAAGAAGUAGUGCAAUAGUCUACGUAAGAUACCAAGAAUAACCUGAAAUACCUCCUGAGCU